UUUAAAUGAUUGGCUAGCGGGCUUCCUGGCGGGUCAAUGAAGUUUGCUGUGAGCGCAAAGCUAAAACAGCACGGGUUUUACUCAGAUGUUCGAUAUAUAUACUUUUCCCCGUGACAUCGAUUACAGUAGGAAACAUAUGUGAUUCAGAAACCUUUUCGGAAAGACAAAGACACGUGCUAACGAGAAUGAUGUGUAAAGUUUGUUGCGGUUAUUUGUGAGUUGGCGCUGGAUUCAGGCGGCGCUAGGCUAAACUGUAGCGCGCUUCUUGUCAUUCACUGUCAGCUGUAAGUUAGCUUGGCGAGCAGCGUUCAGAGCUAAACCGAGAUGAGCUCUUCACGGGCAAUCAAGCAGCUGCAGAAAGCUAAAAACAAAGCCCAGGCCAACAACAACUUAAAAGAGGAAGCCAACAUCUGCAAUCAGCUUGGAGAGCUGCUGUCCAGGAGUGGUGAUUAUGAGGCAGCCAUCAGGGAGCACCAACAAGAGCUGGCUCUUUCCAAGGCACUAGAUGAUGUGAUUGGACGAGCUGUGGCACAUCGCAAGAUAGGAGAGUGUUUUGCAGAGAUGGAAAACACUGAGGCGGCUUUAAAACACCAACACUGUCACCUGAACCUGGCUCGCUCUGUCAAAGAUCAUGCUGAAGAGCAAAGGGCCUUGGCAACUAUUGGUCGAACCUACCUCUUCCGUUAUGAAUCGGACCAAUCAAAGAACAGUCUAAAGCAGGCGCAGGAUGCUUUCAGGAAGAGCUUGGCCAUUGUGGAUGAGCGUCUAGGAGGGACUGUGCCUGCGCGAGAGAUCAGUGAGAUGAAGGCUCGUCUUUUCCUCAAUCUUGGGAUUGUCUGUGAUCAUCUGGGAGAAUCCAAACACUGCAGCGAGUUCAUUCGCCGUAGUGUCUUUAUUGCCGAGAAGAGCCAGCUACUAGAGGAUCUCUACCGUGCAAACUUUAACCUGGGGAACAUCUAUUUCCGCAACGGUCAACACUCAAAUGCUGUCCGCAGCUUGGAGCAGGCCAAAGAGUGCGCCAGGAAGAUGAAAGACAAGUUCAGUGAGAGCGAGUGUUUCUUUUGCAUUGGCAAGGUGCAGCUGUCUCUGGGUGACUUUGUUGCUGCCAGACGAUCUCUGAAGAAGGCUCUCCAGCUGGGUUCCCAAAGGCCACGGGACAAACUGGCAAUGAAGAAAGCUUUUAAAUAUGCCGACCAUGGCUGUAAAUUGGAGGAAGAGUUGGGGGAGGAUCAGGGCAAAAGGAUUGGCUCCCGUCAGGUCGUGGAGCUGUCAGAGCAGCUGGGGGAUCUCUAUUGUAAGGUUGGCUGCUACAGCAAAGCUCUGGAGGCCUAUCAAGCUCAGCUGAAAGGUGCUGAAGCAAUGGGAAAGCCUGCCAGGGAGCUGGCUGUCAUCCACGUGUCUCUGGCUGCAACCUACACAGACCUGAGACAACAUGGCAAAGCAGUGGAGCACUACAGAAAGGAGCUAGCUUUACGACAGGGCAGUUCUACUGAGGAGUGUAGCACAUGGCUGAACAUUGCUGCAGCACAGGAGGAAAGUGGUCGCCCAUUCGAGGACGUAGACAGCAGCUACAGUAUGGCCUUGCAAUGUGCUCAGGCAUCUGGACAGGCCAGACUGCAGAAACGCGUGCUGACGCUCUGGCUGGCAUACCAGAGACGCAGCGGCUCGUCGAAUGUUGAUGACACGGAGGCCCAGCUGAAUGAGCUCUGUGCUUCAAAGGGUUGGAGUCCAGAGGGGAGUGAUGGGGAGGAGGAAGAAGAGGAGAUGGACAACAGUGAGCCGCUGGAUGACAGUGAUGUCAUUCUCUCAGACUCAGAUGAUGACUUGGAAGGUUAUGACAAGAUGGUGUCUGGAAGGAGGAAGACAGGAAGAUGGAACAAGAGGAAUGAGAAGGGAGAGACAUCCCUCCACAGAGCGUGUAUAGAUGGAAACUUGAUGCAGGUCCAAUAUCUGGUAGAACAGGGUCACCCAGUGAAUCCCAGGGAUUACUGUGGUUGGACCCCUUUCCAUGAGGCCUGCAACCACGGUCACUAUGAUAUUGUAGCCUUGCUGCUGGAGCACGGCGCAAACAUCAACGAUUCCGGUGGCUCCUUAUGUGAGGGAGUGACUCCUCUGCAUGACGCCCUCACUUGUGGCAAUUUCAAAGUUGCAAGAUUACUGAUUGAACAGGGGGCUUCUGUCACGCUACGCAACUCCAAGGGUGAAACUGCCAUGGACACCCUGCGUCAGUGGCAGAGGAUGUACAGAAGAGAGCUGGAUGAAGAGACCAGGCAGGAAUGUGUUCUUACAGAGAAACUGCUGAGGAAGGCGGUAGCAGGAGGAGUGCCUGCUGCUCCAGCCCCAGCCAAGCCUUUUGAUGCCCUGCAGGACAGCCAGCUGUUUGAUGCAGAGGACUCCGAGCCGCUGUCAGCCACUGGAGGGGGCUGUUCCUCAAGCCAAGACUGGUCCCGAAACAGCAGGAGUUCAGAAGCGAAAGCAGCAGCUACGAGCCCCAAACGGCAGCAGAGCAACGGUUCAUCACAGCGGCACAGAGCCAGAGGAACAGAGGUUGCUGUUCUUUAUGGGAUUAACAGCAGCAGCUCAGAUGACAGUGACUCCGACGGUCCGGUCAGUCCUCUCCGUCCUGUUCGUCCUAGACGUGCUUUCCCAGCAGCUCCAAGUCAAAAGGAUGCUCCACCAAAUAAGGAAAUUACCACAGCUCCCAGCUCAGGUAGAGAAAGCAACAAGGAGGCCCCUGCUACAUGUGUAUUUGGGCGAGAGGAGUACCACACCGCCAUUCGUGGCUUAGGUAGUGCCAAAACUCUUCUCCAGGGUCUUUCACAACCUCAAUUCUCCAGCACACCUGCCGUUUCAUCCAAUAACAAGUCUGCUCUGGUUGCUGAGGAUGAGUAUCUGGCUGAUGACUGGCUGGAGGAUGAUUUGGGGGAAAUGCAGCCAAAGAAAAAGAGGAGGCUCCGACUGGAACAUAAUCAUUUGACAGGGGAAGAAACUGCUUCAUCAUCAGCUGCUAGAAGUCACAACAAGCAGCUAAUACCAGACACAGCCAUCAGAGGUUCUUCAGUGAGCUCCUCCUCUUCCACCAACCGGGGUCACUCUCUGAGAAAGAACGGCUCAGUGAAGCCUCAUCAGGUGAAAAUGACUCAGAUGCCAGGGAUGGUCAUGUUAGGCAGACGCGAGGUCAGCAGGUCACACAGUCCCACCGUUCCAGAUGAUGACGACAUAAGGACCGACACACCUCCACCUCCAACAUUAAUACACAUUCAGCCUCCAGUGCAAGCUUUGGUUCCUCCCCUGCCCACAUCGCUGCCUCCUCCAAUCAGAAUGAGAGUCAGAGUUCAGGAAGAUGUGUUUCUCAUCCCAGUUCCACAAAAUGAGGCAGACUCCUGCACUGUGUCAUGGCUGUGUGAACAGGCAGCUCAGCGUUAUUACCAGAAAUGUGGCCUCCUGCCUCGCCUCUCAUUGCAGAAGGAGGGGGCUCUGCUCUCCCCACAGGACCUGCUGCUGGCUGUUCUACACACUAAUGAAGAGGUUCUUGCAGAGGUUUCCUCCUGGGAUCUCCCUCCUCUCCCUGAGCGCUACAAGAAGGCAUGUCAGAGUCUGGCAGUGGGUGAGAACAAACGUGUCACCCGGCUCUGCGAGGUUCAGGAUGGGAGCGCCGCUGUGUCAGUGUGUGGCCUCAGUUUGGGCCCCUCCUCCCUCAGCCCACUCCUGCGUGCCCUUAAACUUCAGGCCAGCCUCACAGAGCUGCACUUAUCAGGCAACCGGCUCCCAGACGCCCUUUUCCCAGAACUGGUUGCCACAACAACCACCAUGCCUCGGCUUCGGCUGCUGGACGUUUCUGCCAAUUCCAUCACAGGGGAAGGGCUGGAGAAGGCUGUUAAUGCUUUAAAGGGACAAAGUCAUCCUGCGUUCCCGUGCCUCGAGGAGCUCGAUCUCAGCAUGAAUCCGUUGGGCGACGGUGUGUCCGAGUGUCUGUCCUGUCUGCUGUCCUGCUGCCCUCUGCUUGCAAAGCUGUCCCUGCAGGCCUGUGGCCUCACAGCUCGUUUCCUUCAACAGCAUCGGUUGAUACUUGCUAGCGCUCUGGCGGGUACUGGCCACCUGAAAUCAGUGUCCCUUUCACACAAUGCUCUUGGCUCCACUGGGUUUGAGCUGGUUUUGAAGACUCUGCCCCUCCACUGUCUCACACAUCUGGACCUGUCUGCCAUCUGCAGGGGUCCUGCUGAUUUCCCAGCACUGGAACAUCUUACCAAUGUCCUGUCACAGAGCGAGUGUUCGCUGACUCACCUGAGUCUGGCAGCAAAUGGGCUGACAGACAGCAGCGUAACCACGCUGGCCAGGUGCCUGCCGUCAUGUCCAACAUUGGUGAGUCUAAACCUGUCAGGGAACCCGUCUGUGACCUCGGCAGGCCUUCACAGCGUCUUGAGGUUUACCAGAGAGGCUUCUCGAUCACUGACACUUCUUAACCUCCAAGGCUGUCAGGUGUCUGGCCCCUGGGACCGAAAAGAACUGGAGGAUUUGUCCGAGCUGGUCCAGGAUCUCCGUCUUUGCUCUCAGGGCCUGAACAAGCUGGACCGACAGACUUUAAAGCAGAGCUGGGAUGAGACUCAGCCACAAGGACACUUCCUGGACCGCAAUGCUAAGUGCCUCAUCACGGCUGCAGCCUCCGCAUUAUGAGGUGUGCGUUGCAGGUGAUGUCAGAUCUUUGUUUUCCAACAUCUUCUUUUCUUCUUUGAGUGAGUUUGAGACAACUUUUCAAAUAAAGCUGACUUUCUUUUAAAGAUCUGUUGGGUGAUAAGUGAAAGAAAAAUGAUGCACUAUACAACCAACAGUGACAUGGUUCCCAAAUACUUUGUUUACCUUAUUUAUGUUUUUGUGUAGAAAGACUUUUUGUCCUCAGCUCGCUCUGUGAUUGUGUGAUUUGUAUUACAAAGAAUAAUUAAAGAUAAAAAUCUCUUA